GCUGGGACCACCAACAGCAAUAUCGCUGCUCGCGCCUCAGGACUGGGGAGGUGUCUUCUUGCUUUUGAUUGUCAGAAUUCACGAUGCCUUACUUGUCGCUUAAAGCUGUAGGCAGCACAGCCCGCGACUUCUGCAUGCUUGAGAGAAAUUACCUAUCGCACAUCAGACUUGCUCUUCUCCUGGUCCUAAUCUCUGCAGCCGUUCUUCUGCAAACCCGGCUUUCAGGUCCAGAUGAAGACUCAGAGUUCCGUCCAGGAAAGAGUAUCGCAUUGGCUUCUCUCGAAGUCGUUGCAGCCUUAGUCGUUGUAGCCGGAGGCUUCUGGCAGUACGACUCCUGUUUACGGGACAUGAGAGCUCGCCGGGCCUUCCUUAACUCUACUACGCCUCAUCUCGCCGUCAUGACAGUCGUCUCUGCUGUGGUGUUCGUGACAUGCGUUGUCUUACUUGCCGAUGACGGUGAUAUUGGCCAAUAUAUAGCUACGAACUGACAGAAUUGUGGCUUUGAAGAUGCGUUCGUAUUCACUGUUGUAGUAUCGGCGUCUCGAAUCAUAUACUUAGCUCACUUGCUA